AUGCUGCGUCGGUAUGUUCACCAGUUCGGUCGGAAGCUGGUCCGCAGGUGGCCACUGGAGCCCCAGGAGAAGUCUGAGAGCCGCAGAGCUCCUCUGAACACCCUCGACCUGGUGAUCUUGGGUGUGGGCAAGAUCCUGAGAGCUGCCAUCUACAUCCUGAUCGGUAAAACGGUCAAGUACAUAACUGGACCAGCGAUCGUCAUCUGCUUCUUGGUGGCCGCCUUGUUUUCUGUCCUGUCAGGGUUCUGCUAUGCCGAGUUAUGGGCCCGGGUACCACGCUCCGGUUCCGUGUAUCUCUACAGCUAUGUCACCAUGGGUCAGCUGUAUGCCUUCAUCACUGGCUGGAACCUCAUCCUGUCCUUAGUCCUUGGCACCGCCGUUUUGGCCAGGGCUUGGAGCUACAUCUUUGACAGCCUCAUUGGGAACCACAUCUCUCAGGCAUUGCAAGGAACUUUCUCUCUGCACAUGCCCCACUUCCUGGCCAAGUACCCAGACUUUCUGGCCUUGGCCCUGGUGCUGCUGCUCAUGGGACUACAGGUUCUGGGAGUUCGUGACUCAGCCCCGUUUAACAAAGCGUUCACGGGCAUCAGCACUUUGGUUCAGAGCUUCAUCAUCCUCUCGGGCUUCAUUAAGGGUGACCUGCACAACUGGCAGCUCACGGAACAGGACUACGCAUCGAACACGUCUGAAUCCAGUGGCACCUCUAGGGUAGGAGGGUUGGGCCCUCUGGGUUCUGGAGGGUUUGUUCCUUUUGGCUUUGAUGGGGUUCUCCAUGGAGCAAUUCUAUGUUUCUAUGCAUUUGUUGGCUUUGACACCGUUGUCUCUAGAGGCGAAGAAGCCCCAAACCCUCAGUGGUCCUUCCCCUUGGGCAUCACAUUCUCCAUCUUCAUCUGCUUUUUGGCCUAUUUCGGUGUCUCAGCAUCCCUCACCCUCAUCCUGCCCUACUCCCAGAUUCAGCCUGACAACCCCUUAUCUCAGACAUUUCUGCACAGUGGGUGGAUUUCCGCCAGAUAUGUCCUGAGUGUCGGCAUCAUUUGUGCCAUUAUGUACAGACUCCACAGUGCCACGUUCCCCAUGUCUCAGGUGAUCUAUGUGAUGGCAGAGGACGGGCUCCUUUUCCGGGGACUUGCCCAGGUCCGUGCCUGCACAGGCGCCCCCAUCGUGGCCAUCAUGUCUUCCGGAAACCUCGCAGGGGUCAUGGCAUUGCUCUUCAAGCUCAGUGAUCUUGUGGACUUCUUGUCAGUUGUGACCCUGCUUGCUUACACUCUCGUGGCAUUUUCCGUCCUUGUCCUCAGGUACAAGUCACACUUGAAGGAGAAAACAGGGAAGGAAAUUGAGAUGGAGCCUGAAGCUGAAGGCAGUCCUUUGGACUCCGUACCUGAAGUAGGAACCUCAAACAUCCUGAAAAGUCUGUGGUUCCCUACCAGCACCACCCCCACAGAGAAAUCUGGCCAGAUUGUCUAUGGAUGUGCCUUCUUGCUUGUUCUCCUGCUGGCCAUCCUGAGCCUGGUCCUGGCCCAGUGGCCCAGCCAGGUGUUCUCUGGAGACCCCAAGCUCACACCAGUGGCUGUGCUGCUGCUGCUGCUCAUCACUGGGGUCACGGCCAUCAUCUGGAGGCAGCCCCAGAACCCCUCUCCUCUUUAUUUUAAGGUCCCUGCUCUGCCUGUCCUCCCACUGGUCAGCAUCUUCGUGAACAUUUACUCUCUGAUGAGGAUGACCACUGGGACCUGGGCGCUAUUUGGCAUCUGGAUGGUGGUUGGGUUUGGGUACGGGAUUCAACACAGCUUGGAGAACAACAAGCCACAGCCACCAGCCUCCACUCUUCAGACUUGA